CUAUAUGUUGUUAUAAAAGCUUAAAAUAAAAUAUAAAAUAAAAACAGGCUGGAUCAUAAACUUUAAUCAUCAGCUAAACUUGCCAGUAAAGAACUUUCAUUUUUUCUGCUUAGAAGACCUAAAAUUGCAAAACCGUCUAUGCUAAGCUGAACUGAAACCACAAAUUCUUGUGUAAACGCAGUUAACUGAUAAAAACGUUACCAGAGGAUGCAUCGCUCUCACGCGCUUGCAAGAUACGAGUUACGAUACAUUUUGCAUCUAGUGCUUUCCAACCCCUUCUUAUGACAACAUAUAAAAUGUUUUGGAAGACGUCUUGUGUUGUUCCGUAUAUUCAAAUUUGAUCUUGACGUCAGCAUUUCUCAUAUGCCUUUCUGACAAGCCAGUAAGCGGAGGGCCUAGAUUUAGUACUGCUGUUUUACUCUUUUUUACAGAACUUGAGAGCAAAAACAAGGAAACACCUGACUGCACUACAGAAACAGCAGAGAGGAGAUGGACGGGUCAGUUGGGCCGAUGCGUGUGUUGGUGACGGGCGGCAGUGGGCUGGUGGGGCGAGCGAUAGAGCGGGUGGUGAAAGAGGAGGGCGGAGAGAAAGAAGGAGAAACAUGGAUAUUCCUGUCAUCCAAAGAUGCCAAUCUAGUGAGCACUGAAGCGACGAGAGCAGUCUUUCAGAAACAUCGUCCAACACACGUCAUUCAUUUGGCCGCCAUGGUGGGAGGACUCUAUAAAAACAUGAGACAGAACCUGGAUUUCUGGAGGAAUAAUGUGCACAUCAAUGAUAACGUGCUGAACAUGUCUCAGGAGUUUGGGGUGGUGAAGGUUGUUUCCUGUCUGUCUACAUGUGUUUUUCCAGAUAAAACAACCUACCCUAUAGAUGAGACCUUGAUGCAUAACGGUGCCCCUCAUGAGUCUAAUUAUGGUUAUGCCUACGCCAAACGCAUGAUUGACGUCCACAACAGGGCAUUAUUUCAGCAGUACGGUUUGAAAUACACAUCCGUCAUACCCACCAACAUGUUUGGACCCCAUGACAACUACAACAUUGAGGACGGUCACGUGAUGCCGGGAUUGAUCCACAAGACGUACCUGGCGAAGAAGGAAGGUAAACCUCUGCAGGUCUGGGGUUCAGGUCGCGCUCUGCGGCAGUUCAUCUAUUCUCUGGAUCUGGCUCGUCUGUUUCUGUGGGUUCUGAGGGAGUACAACGAGGUGGAGCCCAUCAUUCUGUCAGUCGGGGAGGAAGAUGAGUUGACUGUAAAGGACGCUGUGGAUGCUGUGGUUGAAGCGUUCGGGUUCAAAGGGGAAGUGAUUUAUGACACUAGUAAAUCAGACGGUCAGAUCAAGAAAACUGCCAGUAUUGCCAAACUACGCAAAUACCUGCCAGACUUCAAGUUCACGCCGUUCAAAAAAGCCGUCCAGGAGACGUGUGAUUGGUUUGCAGCCAAUUAUGACUCCGCCCGUAAAUAAAGAUCUUUACAUCUGAUUGGCUGUGGAGAGUUUGAACAACAAAAGCUUGACUGAUUGAACAGUUUCAACAACAGGAAUUGUUUUUUUUAUUUAAUAAUUUUUAGAUUUUUUUUAAAUACAUUUUUUUUUUUACAGGUCUGUCACUGUUAUUUACUGGGUUUAUUUCCUAAUGAUCCUAUACGGUAUAUUGAAAAAUAAACUUGUUUUUUUUUAAAUAAUAAUGUUAAUGUCCUCUUCUUUUUGCAGAAC